AUGGACAUGCUCAACUAUUCCUCGAUGGACUUGGACGCCGUCAUCGAUGCGUUCGAUGGGGAGGACAAUGUCGAAGGGAUUGAUGAUCAUGGCGAGGAGGAGGAGGGUGAGGGUGACGAAGCGGUCGAUGACGAGGAGGUGGUUGAGGUUGAUCCAGUCGCGCCGCCGAAGCCACGCACUUCGAACUACACCGAGAUUGAAGAUGUGACCUUGGUUCGUGCUUGGGGUAGGGUGGGGAUGGAUGUGUGCACCGGAGUGGACCAAGCCGCCAAGCAAUAUUGGCAACGCAUCGAGGAUCUCUACCACCAGCUGAAGCCUCGCACCAAGAGUAUGGCCGACAGGUCCUACCGCUCCCUUGAAGGCCGGUGGAACACCAUCAAACCAGCUUGUUCUCGUUGGAGUGCUGCCAUGGACCAAGUGGCCGACAACCCCCCUAGUGGAUGCGUGUCGGAGGACUAUCCCAAUUAUGCUCAACCGAGGUACAAAGACAUGGCCGGCUCCAAGCACAAGGAAUUUCAGUUCCAACAUUGCUUUUCCUUGCUUCAACAUCUUCCUAAGUGGAAGUUGAGGGAAAGUGAACCAAAGUGCAAGAAGGAAGCAAUGCUCAGCAUGGAUGAUGAAGCGGAGGACAUGAGUGCGAGAAACAAAGGCAAGCCCGAGGCCUCCAAGAAAGCCAAGGAGAGGAUGAAGGUAGAAGGCAAAGCAGCUAGCUUCAAGGAGAAGUUGGAUCAACUCAUGAAGUCCAAGGAGGCAUUGACGAUGAAGACAUUGGAGACCAAACUCCUCAUGACCGAGAAGAAGAAGGAGGUGAAUCUUGCCAUGGUGGAAGCAAGGCGGGAAGAUGCCAAGGUGAAGGCCGAAGUGGAAUCAAGGAUGAUCGCACUCAAACAAGCCAAGGCGAUGAAGGAGCUCUUGGCCGAGGAGAGGGAGAUCAUGAUGAUGCGCACCAAGGACAUGGACGAGGAUCAGCUGGUGUGGUGGAAGGAGACCAAGGCGGACAUCUUGGCGAGGAAGAUGCUCGCGCGUCAAGCUCGUGCUGCAAGUGUUGUUGGUGCGUCGACUCCUCGAGGUGAGUCUCCGGCGAGUGGUGGCGGCGCUGACGAUGGACUCGUUGAUGGUUGA